AUGAACUCAAAACAAUAUAGAGACAAAUUACGUGAAUUGAAGAAAAGACAUGUCAAUAUUAGGUUAAACAUGCGAAAAGAGGAAGAAAAACUUAUUAACGAUAAAAUUACUUUUAACCAGCCAAUACGAAUGAAUUCUGAGGAUAAUAGUGAUAUACAAAAUCGUGGAAAAGGGGGUAAAAAUGCUUUUUAUUAUACAAUACGAGACUAUGAAUACUGGGAAACCAAGAGUAACUUAAAAGUAAAUAAAAGGUUAAAAGGAUUAGGCGAUGUAGAUAAUAAUGUUAACUAUCAAAACUAUGAUAUUUUAGCAAAAAAUACAUAUGAUAGAGACAUUAGUGAUCUACCAUAUAAUGAUAAAACAAUGUUAGAUAAAACCAAGACUGGAAAUAGUGCAAUUGAAUACACGGAGAGCGGUAUUUUGGUACAUGAUGAUAGAGCAAAACUUCAAGAUUUGGCAAACAGAUUGAUAACAAGUUCAAAAAAAAGAUACAAUAAAAGAGCUAAAGAGAUUGCUAGAAGUUUACAAACAGAGUACAAUAAUACAAAUUAUGGUGGGUACAUCAACAUUAAGAAUAAACAAUUUAAUGAAAAGUUAGAUAGAGAGUAUAAAAAUUAUACGUAA